CAACAGCUAAGCUGGAAGAACCACCAGCACCAAUAGCAGAUGACAGUCUUAUAACUGGCUAUGGUAAUACAGAUGAGGAAGCUGAGCGUGACCAUGAUGAGAAGCUAUUAGCAUUAUUGGGUCGCUGCGGGCAAGUAAUGCUGAGACUCAGCAUAAAGAAACUACAAUUCAAG